AUGUACCGCGAGAUGCUGAGCACCAGAAAGGAGGCGUACGGAGGCAAGGAGCCUCUGUUCGAAGAGCGAGUGGAGGAGGGCUCCUUCUCCCUGGACACGCAGGGAAGUUUCCACCACGACAAGAGUCAGAUGCGAUACUUUGUGAAACCUGAGCCGAACCCAAAUUUUGACCUGAGGGAUGGCUACAAUGACCGCUACAUAAGGAGAGAUGAAAAUGUGAAGAAGAACCUGGAACACAUCCUGCACUGGAUCUUGGCCAAUAAGUCCAACCUCAUGCAGAAGGCAGCCACGUCAUUUGCUUUGGAUGACUUUGACUUUGUGACAUCCCGAGGCCGUUUGACCAAUGUUUCAUGCACACCGUAUGAGGCUCUGACUGAGUGGUCGCUGGCCGUCACAAAGUUCAAAGGAGUAAUUUACAUCAACCAAGUGGAAACCGACAGCGCUCGCCAGAACCGGCAGAACCGCACCGAGAGCCACGAUGAGAAUAUAUACUGCGGGUACAAGUUUGAGCAGUACAUAUGCGCAGACAACAUUGACGGCUUACCUGAUUCGAGCGGCGUUGUCAACAACAACGAGGCCUUCUACAGCGUAGUCCGAACUCGUCUCUCGGACCACAGGCUGCUGUUCUACGGCGAGGUGGACUGCCGGGACAAAGACCCCAACGCUCUGGCUCCUCCCGCUUGCUACCUGGACCUCAAGACAUCAGGACAGAUGCACACAGAUAAACAGCGAACCAAUUUCCACAGGUUCAAGCUGCUCAAGUGGUGGGCACAGUCGAUCCUCCUUGGAGUCCCUCGCAUCGUGGCCGGCUUCAAAAAUGAUGAUGGGGUCAUCGUGUCCGUGCGGACUUAUCACACCGCCGAAAUUCCAAACCUGGUUAAGGGCCAGCUCAAGGACUUGGCUUGGAGGCCGUCGGUGUGCCUAAACUUCUGCAGCGAGUUUCUGUCGUUUGUCAAGCGCGUGGUGACCCGAGACGACCCUCGUGUGGUCUACCUGUUCUCCCGAAAAGCGCGCAGUGACGUGACCUUCACUAUCCACAGCGACUCCAUUUAUUCUUUCCUGCCUGAAUGGUACGUGACGGAAAUGAGCUAAAGAGGCACCACAGUAAUCCCUCUACUUCACGGAUUGCACCUAUCACCGGUUGUUUUCGGAAAGUAACCCCAGCGAAAAAUGAGGGAUUACUGCAUAUCUUUUUACACCGCUUGCGAAACAGUCGAAGCUCCGCAAAGUAUGCAGGCACUCCUUUGUGUUUUACAAGCAGGUUGGGCGAGUUGAUUCAUUCCAAGAAGUAACUGGCGUAAGCGUCAAACCUUUAUUAAGAAAUAAACUUUCAGUCUCUGAAUCAAA